AUGGCUCUUACAAUAAAUGGGGAAGAUGUCCAGAAUCGAGAAGAAGCAGUGGCGUUGCUGUCUAGUGAUGAGUGCAAGAGAAUCGUGCUGCUUGUCGCAAGGCCCGAGAUUCAGCUGGAUGAAGGCUGGUUGGAAGAUGAAAGGAAUGAAUUCUUAGAGGAGUUAAACUUGGAGAUGCUGGAAGAACAGCAUAAUGAAGCGAUGCAGUGCACGGCCAAUGAGGCGGAGCAGCCAAAAAAACAAGAAGAAGAAGAAGGCACAACAGACACAGCAACAUCAUCCUCCAACAACCAUGAGAAGGACAGUGGGGUGGGGCGCACAGAUGAAAGCUUGCGGAAUGAUGAGAGCUCAGAGCAGGAGAAUGCAGCUGAGGAUCCCAACAGCACAUCUUUGAAGAGCACGAGAGAGCUGGGGCAGAGCCAAGACACUCUAGGAAGCGUUGAACUUCAGUGCAAUGAGAGCUUCAUGUCUGGCGAAUACAUCGACUCCGACUGCAUUGGCAACCCAGAUGAGGAGUGUGAAAGAUUCCGACAGCUCUUGGAGCUCAAAUGCAAGUUUCGAAACCCUGGAGAGUAUGACCUGUAUUACUCGAGCAGCACAAUAGAAUGCCAUCAGGGGGAACAAGAGGGUGUGGAGCACGAGCUACAGUUGCUUAAUGAAGAACUAAGAAACAUUGAACUGGAGUGCCAAAAUAUCAUGCAGGCUCACAGGCUCCAGAAGGUGACAGACCAGUAUGGAGACAUCUGGGCUUUGCACGAUGGAGGAUUCCGGAAUUAUAACACCAGCAUGGAUAUGCCACGGGGAAAACUAGAUGACAUCAUCGAACACCCAGAGAAGUCAGACAAGGACAGUUCUAGUGCUUACAACACAGCAGAAAGCUGCAGAAGCACCCCACUCACUGUGGACCGUUCCCCUGACAGCUCCCUUCCAAGAGUGAUCAACCUCACCAAUAAGAAAAACCUGAGAAGCACAAUGGCCGCCAAUCAGUCUUCUUCCGGACAGAGCAGUAAAGAGUCGACCUCCACCAAAGCCAAAACCAUGGAACAGGACUGCAGCGUGGAGGGCAAGGAGAAGAUUUCAGAAAGCAACAAGCUUUCUGAUCAGGAGAAAACCAGCAAUGAACACAUCCCUUACCUCUCUCCUUACCACAGCUCCUCAUAUAGAUAUGCAAACAUCCCAGCGCAUGCCCGCCAUUAUCAAAGCUACAUGCAGUUAAUUCAACAGAAAUCUGCAGUUGAGUAUGCUCAGAGCCAGCUGAGUUUAGUGAGCAUGUGCAAGGAGUCUCAGAAGUGUUCAGAGCCCAAGAUGGAAUGGAAGGUGAAAAUCAGGAGCGACGGGACACGGUACAUAACAAAGAGACCAGUGCGAGACCGGAUUCUGAGGGAACGUGCCUUAAAGAUCAAGGAGGAGCGCAGUGGCAUGACGACAGAUGAUGACACCAUGAGCGAGAUGAAAAUGGGCCGCUACUGGAGCAAAGAGGAGAGAAAGCAGCACCUGGUUCGGGCCAAAGAGCAGCGUAGGCGCCGAGAGUUUAUGAUGCGGAGCCGCUUGGAGUGUCUUAAGGAGAGCCCCCAGAGUGGCAGCGAGGGCAAGAAGGAGAUCAACAUCAUUGAACUGAGUCACAAAAAGAUGAUGAAAAAAAGAAACAAGAAAAUUUUGGACAACUGGAUGACAAUCCAAGAACUGAUGACCCACGGGGCCAAAUCUCCUGAUGGCACACGAGUUCAUAAUGCCUUCUUGUCAGUCACCACUGUAUGACCGAAUGAAUGGGAUGCAACUGAUUUUAGGAGGGUGCUACCAGUUUGGGUAGAGUAUGAUUGCCUCGUUCAAUGUGGCGUUUUUAUAUAUAUUUUGUGACUCUUUAUAGUUUAAAUUUUUUGUAAGCAAAAAUACCUGGUAAUUUUUCAUUUGUUUUUCAUAUACUGGUAUCUUCUUUUUGGCCGAGAUCUUUCUUUAACUUGUGAUAUAUUCAUAUUACUCAUUUAUAUAUAUUUAAAAAACAAGCAAAAGGAAAGAAAACAAGAAACUUGAACAAAAAUACUGAGGAGCCAAUUAAUUUCCUAUUUUAAUGUAUCUAUUGUAAGUUAAGAUCUGGAUUUAUUUCUCUAGUUUACUUAUUUUCUACUUUAAAAACAAUUCAAUGCCAAAACAUUUCUAUGCUUGCUUCUUGGCAUAAUACGUAUUAAGUCAACCCCGUUAAUAAAUCACGUGCCACAUCUUGUCCUAUACAUAAAAACCACCUCUUUUUAAUAUCCCAUUGUACAUUUAACACCUAAAUGGCCGUUGUCUAUGUCUCAGUAAAGUGUAGGUGGACAAUCUUCCUGUGGUAUGUAGUGACAUUGGUCAUGUAGCUAGAUAAUUGUGGUAAUUGAGAUAAUAAAAAAUAAAUUAUUGAUUAUCCCUAA